CAAAGCGGACACAUACAAACAAUAAACCAAAUCGUCAUUGAACGUCCUAUCUUUUUUUAUCAGUAACGUGAUUGAAACGUAUAUAAUAGCUGGUGUGCGGUCUGCGCGAAUUAAAAUAUUUGCAAUGGAUUAAGAUGACACAAUUCUGUUCAGAGGAUGGUUCAGUUAGCAAAGCAGGCAGAAGAAACCAUUGCACAACUGAAAGCACAAAUAGAGAAUAUUAAACAAGCAGCAGCAAUUAGUGUAAGCAAACCAGAGGAGGGAAGACUGAGAUCAGAAAAUGAACAACUGAAGGCCAAAAUCAACGCACUGAAAAUGUCAUUGAUGCAAUGUGAAAUAAAGAAUGGAGUGAAACAGGUUCCCAUUCCGCAAAGAGAACCAAAGCUGGAGGCAACUGGGGCGGACAGUGUCACACAGCCAGGAGACAUUAUAGCCGAGGUGAAACCACAGGUUGCCAAGGAGACGAAACCAAAACAAGAGAAAAAAGGAAAACCAGAAGAUGCCAGCAAGAAAAAAGGGGAUGAAGAAAGUAAGCCUAAGAAAGCCAAGGUAGAGAAGAAGGAUGCUGCAGCUGGUGCUGUCCGACCAAAAGAUAUUUCUCGAAUAGAUCUACGUGUUGGCAAGAUUGUAAAUUGUAAGAAACACCCUGAUGCUGACCGUUUGUAUGUUAAUGAUGUGGAUCUUGGAGAAGGGCAGACUCGUACAAUUUUAUCAGGCCUGGUGAAACAUGUGCCUAUAGAAGAGAUGCAGGGCAGAUUGGCUGUGUUCAUGUGUAACCUGAAGGCAGCUAAGAUGAGAGGAAUCCUGUCACAGGGGAUGAUUAUGUGUGCUUGUAGUCCAGAGAAAGUAGAAAUACUUCUUCCACCACCAGGAGCUCAGAUUGGUGACAGGGUGUUUGCAAAAGACUAUAUAGGAGAACCUGAUGCAUUGAUGAAUCCAAAGACGAAGAUAUGGAAAACUGUGAAACCUGAUCUUAAAACCGAUGGUGAUAAGGUUGCCGCAUACAAAGGCUCCCAAUUAAUCAUUGAAGGGAAGGGGAAAGUUGUUGUUCCGACAGCAGCCAAUACCCAAAUAUUGUAGUGCUAUGACAUUCUAUAUAUUUGAAAGCAGCAAUGAGGAAUAAAACAAUAACUAUUAUUAUAUAUAUAUUUGUUUGGUUGUUGAUUAGUCAAGAUUAUUGAACUCAUGAUGUUUUCUUGCUAUUCCAAGAAUUCCAAGAUACAAUGCAAGCUGUGCCGGACCCAGUACAAAAUAUUUUGUAUGAGCAAUUAUGGUUAUAGAUGCCUGUAAUAUGCACUUAAAUCUUUAACUUGAAUAGCUUUGUUUCAUUAAAAAAAAUUUUUAUCAAAUUUGUAAGCCUAAUUUUUUUGUCUCAAAGAAAUGUAUAACCAUAUCUUCAUGGAAAUCAAGAUUUUGUGUUUCCAGAUCACAUGAUUUGAGAAGCAGAGUUAUUGUACAUUAGGUGUUAAUCUAAACAUAUCAUUCAGUUAAAUUUACAAAGGAGGAAGUAGUAUUUUAAGCGACUUCAAUGAAAAAGGAGAAUCUUGUGCCUAGUAAACAUAUCUAAUAUGUUAAAGAAAUGUUGUAAUUUUAAUUUAGUUUUAAUAAUUGUCAAACGAGGAGGGAAUAUGCUUAUUAAUCAGACUUGACCAUUUUAUCAUAUAUAUUUCUAAAACUUGCAAACAGCUAAAUCGUAAAGUUUUGAUAUACUUUUACAGUAGCGACAAUAUUUAAAGUGGUUGAAUUUUGAUCCUUUGUUCUUUGAAAUGUUUUGUAAAACCAGACAUAAAAAAUAAAAUAAACAGGGCCUCCAUGGCCAAGUGGUUAAGGUCGCUGACUUCAAAUCACUUGCCCCUCACCGACGUUGGUUCUAGCUUCACUCCAGGCAUUGAAUACUUCAUGUGAGGAAGCCAGCCAACUGGCUUACGGAAGGUCAGUGGUUCUAUCCAGGUGCCCGCUCGUGAUGAAGUAAUACAAGGACGGGCACGUGGGGUCUUACUCCACCAUCAGAGCUGGAAAGUCGCCAUAUAAUCUAUAUUUGUGUCAGUGCAACAUUAAACUGAACAAAAACAAAACAAACAAAAAAAAUAAAUAUUGAUUCAAUUUUGAAUGAAAAGUGUACAGAAAAUGAACAUAUGUUACAAAAUGAAUACGCCCGAAGGGAUGUAUUAUAUUAUACCCCCGGUGUCCGUCUGUCCGUUAGCAAUUUCGCGUCCGCUCUGUAACUCUUGAACCCCGUGAAGGAUUUCGAAGAACCUUGACACAAAUGUUCACCACAUCGAGACGAUGUGCAGUGCGCAUGUUUCGGAUGGCUCACUUCAAGGUCAAGGUCACACUUGGGGGUCAAAGGUCAUAUGAAUUUGUUUCGUGUCCGCUCUGUAACUCUUGAACUGCUUGAGGGAUUUCAAAGAAAAUUGGCACAAAUAUUCACCACAUCAAGACAACAUGCAUAGCGCAUGUUUCGGAUGGCUGGCUUCAAGGUCAAUGUCAUUUGACUUUGUUUUGUGUGUUUAUUGCUCUGCAAUGCAGUGCUCUUGUUUUUCUUUGGCAGAUCCCUUUUUUGUUCACUUACAAUAAUUUUCGUUUGAAUUGCUUCCCUUUUAUGAUAGUAUAAAUAACUUAUUUUGUAACUUUUUAUUAUUGGCCAUAGGGAAAACCGAGAUCACUUUUCUGUGGUUCAACAUGGAUGGUAACUCCAAUCUUUAGGUGUAUUUUGACAUAUCUGUACCUUGUGAGGAUUUUUUAUGGAUUCUUCCCUUUGUUGUUUCUUUAAAUUUUGCUCCUAUCCUCUUCGGUCACACUAAGGGGUCAAAGAUCAUACCUUCGGGCGUAUAUUGCUCCGCAUUGCGGUGCUCUUGUUUCCCUUUUAUUGUCAUAGUCAUUGCAUGUGAUGCAAUAAAUUUUUAUUUUAAAACAUUUGAAAGGGUUGCACACAAUCAGUUAUUUAUAUAUACUGUGUUAAGUUGUUGGCUCAAUCAAGCUGCAUGUUCAAAGAGGACUACCCUUUUUGAAUGAGUACUUUUUGAAUGGAUGGAUAUGCGUAUACACGUCAGUGAAAAUUAUGUUUACCAUUGGAUCAAUCCUGUGAAUGUUAAAAAGUAUUAUAUCCAAAACAAUGAUUUUACCGGUGAAUAAAAUCCUUGUUAAGACUUCAGAUACGGAGGAAUUAUAUCCUGAGCACACAGCCCGAGUGAUGUGAUAAUGUGUAUCUGAAGGACAAACAAUGAUUUUAUAAUCCUCUUUGCUAAAGGUUGAGGAAUGUUGUUUUGGCGUUGUUAAUCUGGCUGUUUGUCCAUCCGUCCGAAAUUAAAAAUGCUUCUAAUUCACAAAGUAUUUAAUCUAGAAUAACCAAAACUUACAUAAUCAUUAAUCAGCUUAAGAGCUUUACUUACAAUUAGUAUUAGUUAUCCCCCUUGACCCUGUAAAAGCAGAGUUUUUUUCACCAUAAUUUGUUAAAUAAUUAUUUUCAAAAAGUAUUUUAGCUAGAAUCACCAAAUCACAUAAUUAUUGAUUAGCACUGUCACAUGACCUUUGCUCACAUUCAGUAUUGUCCUACUUGAACCAGUAAAAGCAGAGUUUUCCCCCCUUGAUCUGAUUGAAAAUGCAAGUACUUUCCCUGGAAUCACCAAACUGCAACUAUUUAUUUGCACAUGACCUUAACUCGCGUGUGGUAUUAUCUUUACCUAGUAAGAGUAGUUUUUCUUGAUUUUGUUAAAAAAAUGAAAUUGCUUAUAAUUCAAAUAGUAUUUUAACUACAAUCACCGAACCUUUCGUAAUGAUUAAUUGGCACAUAACCUUUGCUCACAUGUAUAAUUACCCCCCCCCCCCCCCUUGACCCGGUAAAAGCGAAGUUUUCCCCUUGAUUUGGUAAAAAAUUGAUUUCUGACUGUAAUUAAAUAACCUAUUCGUGGGCCUUCAUGAAACAAAUAUACAUGUAUACAAAUGGAUAUCACUAUAGGGCUGUCGUGCAAGGACAGUUUCGUCAGAAACACUUUAUCAGCUUAAGAGGUAUUGCCCUUUAAUUAUUUUAUAAUCCAUAAAUUCCCACAUAACAAGGUAAUCCAUUGAUUGCUCUUCAUGAAAUUUAACAGAAAUACAGAUCACUAUAGGGCAGUGAUGCAUGCACAUCUUUCAUCAGGAUCUCUUCAGUAACUGCAGAGUUAUUGUCCUUUAAUUGUUCUAAACUUCAUAAAUUUCCACAAAACAAAGUAACUCAUUGAUGGAUCUUCAUGAAACUUAAUACAAAUAUAAUCACUAUAGGGCAGAGUAUUUCCCCUUGAUUUUACCAAUAAACCAUAAGGUUUGUCUGUACAUUACCUGUAAAUAUCUGGAAAUUAAUUAUUUUUCAAAAUAUAGUCCUCUCAGUCACAAAACACAACCUAUUUCGCGGGGGAUAUGAAUUCACUGAAUUUGCUUGUUCAAGAUUACAUUUUGUACUGAGAACUUACACGAUAUCAACCUUUCAUAGAUUACUCAAGUUCCCAUUUUCAGCACACGACUAUGAUAUUUGAAGCUAUGUUGUAAUAAUUCACAUACAAGCAAUGAUUUUUAAUCAUAAGGUCACACAGUCAUCUUUGUAUAAUAGGAAAUUAAUUGGGUUGUGUAAGAAUAUAAUUUAUGCUCUCUGAAUUUAAUAAGUGGAAUGAGAAAAAAGAUGAAACUAUACAAUUUAACUUUUUUGAACAUCUAGUUAUAUAAUGAACACAUGCAGUAAUUUAAUUAAGCAAGAAAAAGUGUGCAGAUAAAUAUGAAAAUUUUACUAUUGUCGUGUAUUUUGGCUAUGAAAAAAAUAAUAAAAAAUUACAGAAUGUAGCUGCUUUAUGGAAUGCACAUGGAUUUGAAAAAUGUAACAGCUGUGCUCCUAAAACCAUUAACAUCCAGUUGGCCCCUUGUAUGAAAAAAAAUAUCUGUAGUCAAUGUUGCUAUGUUGAAAGCUCAUUAAAUUUUUCUCUGUAGAAUGUCUAGGUAUAUUUCGAUACUUUAUCUUAAAGUGGCAUUAUGCGCUCUUUUCAAGUAAAAAUCCAGCUGAAAUAGAUGUGUUUAUAAAAAAGUGGAGGAAGUUAUAGCUUUUAACCCAAUAUACCAAACUCUUUCUGUUACCAGUAGGAAAUAACAAGUUUCCAAAUUCUUUUUAAGAAAAGUCAAACCGCAUGCAGGAGUUGCUUCCCUUCAACUUCAGAAAUCUCUACCUAUAGCGAAGGGAGAUCACUGUGUAGAAGAUUGAAGUAAAGGCUCCGAUUUUUUUAUUUCUAAAGCUUAUCAUUAAUUGAACACAUUUAAAUGCACAGCAACCGAAAAUUGCUGGUAUAAAACAUUCACCAAAAACACUAUGUGCAGUAAGAUGCGCAUAAUGCCACUGAUGUUGAUGAAGUUUUAGUUACUCGGUUGAUGUAGUGUUUUAAAGCUGAUGUGCAAGGUAUUUUAAGUUCAAGCAUAUUGCUGCAGGUGUGAAUGCAUUACUAAUUUGUCAUUAGGUUCAUUGUUAUUUGUCAUAAUCAUUUGUUUACUUUUGUCAAAACAUUAACCUUACAAAAAAUGCAUCUCACGGUAUGCCUUGCGAAUUACAAUGCGAAACAAGA